ACCUCCUUCAUUCAAGUAGUGCGAAGCGAACGCUCGGCAGUGGCCACGCCCCCCUGCCACCCCCAUGCCGCGCGCCCUGCUCCUUGUCAAAUCGCCGCCUCGCUCCUCCCGCCCACUCCCCAGCGCCGCCCUUCGCCACAUUUAAAGAUUAAACCGCGACCGCUCCGCCGUCGCCGGGCCACGAGACGAGAUCGUCGUCCGAGUAGCCGCCGGGCGUGCCGAUAUGGUGUCGAUGGGGACCAGCACCGGGAGCCGGAGCGGAGCGGUCGUGUGGAGGGAGAUAGCGUCGUCACAGCCGCCGGGAUUCGGCCGGCCGACGGGGAGCGUGGGCGGAACAGCCUCGCGGAGCGAGAGACCGUCGCCGGCCCAGGGACUCGCCGCCGCGCGUCCGUCCUCGACACAUUCCGGAGGUACCAAGUCUGCUACUCGUACUGACAUGUUGGUCGGCAUAGGAAUGGAAGCUGACUGUGAUAAUCUUGAGGUUCCACGACAUGUUGGGAAUGAACGUGCAUCCCCUGCGAAAGGCCGAAAGAGGAAAUUUUUUAUUGAUACAACGAAAGGUGCAUCACCAGGUGUUAAUGCAAGUAACACUGGGCAGCACCUGCGUUCCUGCAGAAAAGGCAAGGGCCCAGGGAAACAUGCAAAGUUAGAAGACAACAAAGGUGCUACUAGGUUGGGGAGAGAUCAGACACCAAUCGGUUUAUUUGAAGAUGAAUGCGUUUUUUGCCAUUCAUUUAGAACCAGUGAGCCGUGGCAUGGUCCAAUGGUAGUCUAUCACAAUAGAAGGAUUGUGCCCAGUGAUGAGGGCAUCCCUACCAACGCCGUCUAUGUCCAUGAGAGAUGCAUGGUUUGGGCCCCAGAAGUGGAAUCCAAUGGUGAUACUUUUAAGAACGUGGAGAAUGAAAUCAAUCGUGCUAAAAGAUUGAGAUGCAGCAGAUGCAAACUCCGGGGAGCAGCGCUUGGUUGUUAUGACAACUCCUGCAGAAAAACAUAUCAUGUCCCAUGUGCAAUGAUGAUACUAGAAUGCCGCUGGGAUGUUGAGAAUUUCCGUGUUUGGUGCCCCAAGCAUGCAGCACGUGAUGAGAAGCGCCCACCAACAAUGGAGAGUGACACUCCUUCCCUCGUCCUUCAAAAUCAUUCCAGCCAAUGUCCAGCUAAAGAAAUUUCGGUCGAUUGCCAAAUGGAAGAUGAACACAUUAAUCCAUUACCGGGCGAUGAGAUGAGCUCACCACUACUUGAAAGUGACACUACUUCCGCUGUCCUUCAGAAUCAUUCCAGCCAAUGUCCAACUAAAGAAAUUUUGGUCGAAUGCCAAGUGGAAGAUGAACACAUUAAUCCAUUACCGAGCGGUGAGGUGAGCUCACUGACAAUGGAGAGUGACACUCUUUCCCCCGUCCUUCGAAACCAAUAUUUAGUUAAAGGUGGAACUUCUGUCCUUCAUAGAAGGGAAGAUCUGCAAGUAGAUCAGCUGAACACCUCGAGUUCUUCCUUGCCUCAGGGUGUAUUUCAUGGUUACCGCCAAUGUUCGGACAAAGAAAGAAUUUCUGCCAAUUACCGGAGAGAAGAAAAGCUAGUAAACCAGUCUAGCACCCCUGUGGAUCAAUGGGUUUUGCUCGGUGUAUCUUUAAGUGUGUCAGAAAAGGAUUCCUUGAAGGAAUUUGCAUCCUUAACCAGUUCAAUCUUGGCUGAGGCAUGGGACAGAAAUGUGACUCAUGUUAUUGUGGGCAGAAAUGCCGGUGACGCAUGUGGCAAAUCAUAUGAGGUCCUGAUGGCGAUACUGUCUGGAAAAUGGAUUGUCACAGUCAGAUGGAUUAUGGAUUGCUUGGUGGAACCGAUUCCAGAUGUAAAAACUUGCUUGGAGAAGCUGGUUCCUGGCCCGGAAAUUUCUUACGAGGUGAAUUUCUGUGAUGGUUCGCGCACAUCAGGUUAUGGACCGACGAAAGGAAGAGCUAGAGCUGCUGAACGGGCACCAAAACUGUUCUCAGGACUGCAUUUCUGCCUCAGCGCCUACAUGGACCCUGAAGACAGAGAAACCAUCCGAAGACUCGUAGCAGCUGGUGGAGGGCAAGUACUGGAGGGAAUCAGCCCAGACCGGUUGCAUGAGAAUCUGAACAGAAAUCCCGCGGAGGUGUACUUCAUCUACGACAGCAGCCCUCCAAGGAAGAUCACUAAGGAUUUCGAUCUUAUCCUUGGCAAGGAGAUUCAGGAGAGCAUCGAGUAUGCGAAAUCGGGAGCACAUGUGAUCAGCCACACGAAGCUGCACGACGCCAUCCUGUACUACGAUGCGCGGAUCCUGGAACGGAGGCUUCACGAAGAUAUGUGAGUGAAGGACGCGGCUUCAAGCGGUGGCUUUUCGCUCGCGGUACGACAGUUUUUUGGGUUCAGCCCCCCACAUGAGCUGCUUGGGGUGCUGUCGAAAGUUGCCAGAUCACAUACUCUACUCACCCAAUAGGCUGUAGGGUGAUGUCUGUUGUUGUUUUAGUGCUGGACUGUUCGUUUACCAGAUUUUUAGUAACCGCGCCAGACGGUUGUUUCGCGGUGCCUAGGCGCUUGUUGUCUAAUGGUUUUUUACCUUUUUGGUGGUGACUGAAGCCUCUGUUGGGCCGACGCAUCAUAUGUUUGGAAUUGGAUUGUCAACUCUGAAGAAGCCCUCAACUGUUA